CUCCGGCGCUCCCGCGGCCACCAUGAUGCAAAUUUGCGACACCUACAACCAGAAGCACUCGCUCUUUAACGCCAUGAAUCGCUUCAUCGGCGCGGUGAACAACAUGGACCAGACGGUGAUGGUGCCCAGCCUGCUGCGCGACGUGCCCCUGGCGGAGCCGGAGCUAGACAACGACGUCGGCGUGGAGGUAGGCGGUAGUAGUGGCUGCCUGGAAGAGCGCACACCCCCGCGGCGGGGAGCGAGGAAGGCAGCGCCUGGAAGUCCAAGGACAUCCUGGUGGACCUGAGCCACUUGGAGGGCGCAGACGCCGGCGAGGAAGACCUGGAGCAGCAGUUUCACUACCACCUGCGGGGGCUGCACACCGUGCUCUCCAAACUCACUCGCAAAGCCAACAUCCUCACAAACAGAUACAAGCAGGAGAUCGGCUUUGGCAACUGGGGCCACUGAGGCGGGGCCUCGGCCGCUGCCCAGCACCUUCUCCAGCCUCAUCUCUCACCUUCUUUCUUUCCUCAAAGCUAUUUUCUUCCUGGCUGUGGGGCGCGAAGGGUGGACUGUGAAGUUGGGCGACUGUGUAUGUGCAGGGGGCACGGCGAGGCUGUGGAGGAGGGGGCCUCGUUCCUGAGCGGAGAAGAAAGUAGCAGCGGGAGAAUGGGGCUCGAGGACCCCCCAGGAGGGGGCCUGCAUUCUGUGUUGGUGGGAAUGGGACUGGGCUGACGCCCCACAUUCAGCCUGUGCCUUUCCUGGGGUUUCUUUUCUGUUCUUUCCGGAGGAGAAAGGCCCGAGAAGGGGGCGUGCCAGGGCGCGGCGCUGGGUUGCCACACUUGGGAGCGCAGCCCAGAGCUGGGUGGUGGGGAAGGCGGGGCGGCGCGCCCCCUCCUGCCGCCCUGCCGUUGGGCCAGUGGAGGCCGCGGCAUUGCUAGGAUUGCAUCAGUUUUCCUGUUUGCACUAUUUCUUUUUGUAAUAGUGGCCCUGUCUUAAGUAUUUCGAAUCUCUUCCUUGCUCUGAAACUUCAGCGAUUCCAUUGUGAUAAGCGCACAAACACUGUCUGUCGGUAACCGGUACUACUUUAUUAAUGAUUUUCUGUU